AUGGUGACACCUCCUCCUCACCAUGAUGAAAGACCAGAAAUCAGGUUUCCAUUUGUGGAUCCUUCCAUUGCCGCCAUCUUGGCCUGUCAGCCUUCUAACGGUAUUGCUACCGGAACACCCAGUUUUGGGUAUUAUUUGAAGAGGAAUGCUGGGACUCUGCAGCUGCAAGGCUGGAAGGAAAAUGCUCAUGUCUCUCAAGAGCAACGGCUGAUUCACUUGGCUUUGGAAUGCGAUGAGUGUGUCUUUGUACAGCAAGCACUCUUUUCUACUAAAACAUGUACCACUGUUGAUCCCCGCGAUAGUACAGGUACUAAUAGUAGUCAAGAUCCAAAAUCCCCUGAUCAGCAAUGCUUGGAAACUUUGGUGGAGUGGGGUAGCAACAAUAAUAAUAAUACGGUGGCAAGCAGUACUGCCAAACGAGUCAUGGCCACGCUGUUGGCGCUCAACCGUCUGGAAGCUGCCAUUCGUCGUGCCACGGGGCACCAUACUGCCGGAAGAGCUCCCUUGCUCAAAGACAUGCUCCAAACGCUACAAGAAACCACAACAACUACCAGCAGUAGCCAAUCAACAGAGAUUUCCUCCGUUCUGCAAGUCCUCUUGCUGCCCACUGGACUCAAUCUCCGCAAUCUACUCUUGCAUGGGUUUGUCGCCGAUCUGCCACGACCCUGGUUGGCACUGGUCGUGGUUCUGAUUGUCCUAUUGGAGCAAGAUACUCCAAAGUCAGUGUCGCCCUCCCUUGAUAACGAUCAUGAUGAUCAGGAGUUGUUGCCCAACUUGAGGGCGUACUCUUCCUAUGGUCCCAUUUUGAAACGAGGUCAAGAGCUGCUCCAGGGACCAGAUUUGAUAAAGUCCACAUCAGCCUCUUGGAUGUCAUCGUUUCACCAGUACCAGCAAUGGUGGACCCUCAUCCAACAGUGGGCCCAAGAAUAUCACCAUCACACACAGCAGCAUCCGAAUACUACUACUGGAUAUCCACUCUGCAGUUGUAUCCUACUGACAUGCCUCCUGGAGCACAUGCUACGACAACUCUGGUGUCAGGACAACAAUCAACAAGCACAAGAUUCCAAAGCCAGACCAGCCAAAUACUAUGUCACACUUGAUGGACAUGGACAACGACAUCAACACAAUGUACUGUUGCAUCCCUAUCUAGUAAAAGACGACGGCAGCACCCAGGUUCGAAAUGCACUUGUUCAACGAUUGGGGGCUCCCACCAUGGCACUCUUGGCCGAUCUCUACUGUUCUCCGUGUGGCGGACCCAAUCUACGGGCCAGUCUGGCACAUGGAUCCUGGGAUACAUGGCUGCAACAAGAGUUAUUAUUGCGACAUUCGUCCACUGCUAUUACUACAACUGAUACCACUAUUCCAAUAAAUCACAACAACAACGAAUGGUGCUGGGAUUUGGUCCGCGUGCUAUUGGUUCUCAUGGAAGCCAUCAUGAGCAAUCCACGAAAGGAUCCAGUCAAGCGCAAUGCAGUUUUGCUACAACACUACCGCCCCCUAUUCUCGUUUACCACCGUGACCUGUCUCAAAAUGGAACGGGCCUUGGAACAACUGGCACGGCUGCAAGAAGCCAUGGUACACUCGUCACACUAUCGAGAUCAGUUUACAGCCGCAGCCACGACAUCCAACACUCUACUAGCAUCAUGCCAAAAUAUCCUGGAAUUGCAAGUUGGCGAAUCCCAACUGGCGCAACUUGCCCAACCCGUGUACACUCAAUGCCGGUACAGUACGACUACGACUACUACAACUCCCUGGACCGUGGACGACUUGUUCCACGAGCACGAAACCAACCAACGACUUGCAUCUCUGGGAGCGGCUCGAGCCUUGCUGGAGGACGUGCAAGAGGCCACGUGCGCCUUUUGUAACGGCAUGGAACAAAUUCUACAACCACAACCACACGGUUCGUUAUCGACUCGACAACGAAAACAACGUCUUCGAAUCCUGGCCAUUCAUCCACUGGCCAGCAGUGUCUAUUCAUUUGCGGCCAUGACGGCGAUACUCCUCAUUGACUACGAACUGCAAUCUUCUGCAACCGAUAAGACGCAACACUCGGAACAAGCAACAAUAGUAGUGGAUCGAGAGACGCUUUUACAAGCCGUGAAACGCUCUCGCAUGGUGGUGUCGACCGUGUCCAAUUUCAUCACAGCCAAUGCCGACCGUGCAAUCAAAGCCGCCAAAGAAUACCGACAAGGCAAGGCAGUCAAGGCCGUCUUGGCAUCGACGGUACAACCAGUUAGUGGUGGUGGUUCCACAGCAUAG